AUGUCGGCACCCCCGUCCAAGACCGCUCUCCAAGAGCGCUUUGUGGGGAAGACCCUCCACGAGGUUCCGACCCCGAGCAUUGUCCUUGACCUCGCCAAGCUCGAGGUCAACUGCCAGCGGAUGAUUGACGCCGCCGACAAGAACGGCAUUGGAUGGCGAGCUCAUAUCAAGACUCACAAGACGGAGGAGCUCACAAGGCUUCAAGUCGGCGAGAACUCCAACACGCCUGCCAAUAUUAUCGUCUCGACCGUUCUUGAGGCAGAGAAUAUCGCCUCCGUGUUGAAGGAUUUUCAGAACAAGGGGCGUAAGGUAAACGUUCUCUACGCGUUCCCCCUGUACCCAUCCGCGGUCUCCCGCCUCGCCGCCAUCUCCAAGGACUUGGGACCCGACUCAGUCUCCGUCAUGAUCGACAACCCAGACCAGGUCCCGCUCCUGGCCACCCUCAAGUCCCAGUCCGGGGGUAACAAGCCGCUCGUUUUCCUCAAGAUCGACGUCAAAUACAACCGCGCGGGCACCAUCCCUGGCACUCCGACCUACCAGUCCCUCCUCAAGGCGAUCCUCUCAUCCGAGGCGGAAGGCUCCUGCGUCGUCCACGGGCUGUACGCCCACGCGGGGCAGUCAUAUUACACCCGCAAGGACUGGGACGCACUGAUGUACCUGACGGACGAGUUCGUGACCUUGAGCAACGUGGCAAAGGAUAUCCGCGCCCAGAGCCCCAGCCACCAACUCGUGCUGUCCGUCGGCGCCACGCCGACGGCGACGGCGCUGCAGCACCCAGACCUCACCACAGGAGGAGCAGGAGGAGCAGGGAGCGGCAGCAACAAGGAAGCCGGGGCUCGCGUGGCCAACUUGUCGUCCCUGAUCACCGCGCUCAAGGGCGACGGCCUCGGCCUCGAGGUCCACGCGGGAGUCUACCCGGCCCUGGACCUGCAGCAGCUCGCGACCCACGCCCGCGACGGCUCGCUGCUGAGCAGCGGCGACAUCGCCAUCACGAUCGUGGCGGAGGUGGCGUCCCUGUACGAGGGCCGCGGGCAGGGCGGGUCCACUGAGGCGCUCGUCAACGCCGGCUCGCUGGCCCUCGGGCGCGAGCCCUGCAAGGAGGACGGCGAGGGCCACUACGCCGGCUGGGGGGUCGUGGCCCCUUGGGGGGAGGCGGGGCUCGAGAAGUCGGACCCGGCUCCUAGGGACUUCCCUGCGGUGCAUCGGGGCUGGCAGGUUGGCAAGAUCAGCCAGGAGCACGGCAUUCUCGCGUGGAAAGGGGCGAGGGAGGCCGAGGUGCCGCUGAAGUUUGGACAGAGGGUGAGGAUCUGGCCGAAUCACGCGUGUAUCGCUGGUGCUGGGUACGAUCACUAUCUGGUGGUUGACAGCAGGAGAACAGGGAAGGAGGACGAGGUGGUAGACGUAUGGCAAAGGUGGAACGGAUGGUGA